UGGUUUUACGGGGGCGUCACGUGACCCGCUAAUUCCGCGUUCUCGACGCCCGGGAUGUCGUCUGUGGCUCUCCGUGGAGGCGCGCCCGGCCGGCUUUGCCUAAGCCAUCCUAGCCGCUAUUCCUCCACCCCGAUGCCGCAGUGAGCUAGCGCGAGGCCUCUCGUUCUCUCUUCCGAGAAGCGCGGCCGAGCUGGGGGCCAAUCCGGGGAAAGGGAGCCGCGGCGGCGGCAGCGCCGACGCGCACCGGCCGCCGGACACUCCGCCGCGACGCACCGCCAAUAUGCUCACCCGGGUCAAAUCGGCCGUGGCCGGCUUCAUGGGCGGAAUCAUGGCCGGCGGCGGCUCCGGCGGAGGCGCCGGCCCGGGCUCGGACCUGCCGCUCAAAUUCCCCUACAUGAGGCCGGAGUUCCUGGGACUCUCCCCGGAUGAGGUCGAGUGCUCCGCGGAUCACAUCGCGCGGCCCAUCCUCAUUCUAAAGGAGACCAGGAGAUUACCGUGGGCCACCGGAUACGCCGAAGUGAUUAAUGCCGGAAAGAGCGCUCUGAACGAGGACCAGGCGUGCUGCGAGGUGGUGGUGGUCAGGAGGCGCCCCAUGAGCUACUGCCCGCCCUCGACGCCCAGCAAGACCCCCGCGCCCAAGAGACGCAACUCCCUGCCCAACGGCGAGGGCCCGGGGCUGCGCUUGGAGCACGGCAAGCUCGGCGAGGACGGCGAGGGACUAGUGUUCCACUACUGGGCUUUGUUCGACGGCCACGCCGGUUCCGGCGCCGCCGUGGUGGCCUCCCGCCUGCUCCAGCACCACAUCGCCUGCCAGCUGCAGGCCGUCACCGAGAUCCUGCACAACCUGGCCUCCCUGCCGCCCACCGUCCUGGGCGAGGAGCCCGACGGCAACCCCUACCUGCAGGGCAACACGCCGGCCCCCCAGCGCUCCCUCACGCGGGCGGCGUCGCUGCGGAGCGCGGCCGGGCCGCCGGGCUCGCCCAGCAGCACGCCGCCUCCGCCGCGCUUCUUUACCGAGAAGAAAGUCCAGCACGAGAGUUUGGUGAUCGGAGCCGUGGAGAAUGCCUUCAAAGAAAUGGAUGCGCAGAUUGAGCGGGAGAAGCAGGGCUACAACAUCACGGGAGGCUGCACAGCCCUCGCCGUGGUCUACAUGCUGGGGAAGAUGUACGUCGGCAACGCGGGCGACAGCAGGGCCAUUAUCAUCAGGAACAACGAGAUCGUUCCCAUGUCAACAGAAUUUACACCGGAAUCCGAACGACGGAGGCUUCAGUUCCUGGGUUUCAUGCAGCCUCACCUGCUGGGCAACGAGUUCACGCACCUGGAGUUCCCGCGGAGGGUCCAACGGAAGGAAGUCGGGAAGAGGAUGCUGUACAGGGACUUCACCAUGAACGGAUGGGCGUACAAGACUGUUGAGGACGAAGACCUCAAGUUUCCGCUGAUAUACGGCGAAGGGAAAAAAGCCCGAGUGCUGGCGACCAUCGGGGUGACGCGCGGCCUCGGCGACCACGACCUCAAAGUUCACGACUCCAACAUCUACAUCAAGCCCUUCCUGUCCUGCCUUCCUGAGGUGAAGGUGUACAACCUGACGCAGUACGAGCACGGCGCCGACGACGUCCUGGUGAUGGGCACCGACGGCCUGUGGGACGUCUUGUCCAAUCAGGAAGUCGCCGAGGCGGUCUCCACCUUCCUUGCCAACUGUGACCCUGACGACCUUCACAGGUACACAAUGGCGGCACAAGAUCUGGUGAUGCGGGCGCGUGGCGUGUUAAGGGAUCGAGGCUGGAGGAUCACCAACGAGCGCCUGGGCUCCGGGGAUGACAUCUCCGUCUUCAUCGUACCGCUGAUGUACGGCAACCGUCAGCCCUGAGCGGCGAACCGUGAAUCCCAUUUUUUUUUUUUUUGUUUUGUUUUGUUGCACAUUUAACUACGUUUCUGUCGGGAGUGGUCAGCCCAAACAGUGGUGCAACUGUCCUUUAGUUAGGGCCACAAAACUGGGCUACACUGACUCACUGUUGCCUCUUGAGGAAGGAAGCGGUAUCGCAACCCAAGAGACCGCAGCAAUGUGGACGAGAUAAUUCAGGGACACGAAGACAAGUCACGUGUCCAAAAUGAGUCCAAAUAAUCAAUAACUAUAAAAGAAAACACUGGCUUAUUUUUUUUUUGUGUGACCCAUUUUGGCUUCAGAUCUCAAGUGAAGGCCUUGCAGGAAGAAAAAAAAAAUUGCCAGCAAUCAAUCAAUAGCGGUUUAAAACAUCUUUUUUUUCCCCCACUUAUAACUUGAUAGCACUUUAAUUCGACGCAGGUCACUUAGAAAGUACAUAAAGAGGGGAAAAAAAUAAUGGCUGCUUGUUUUUGUGCAUGCAUGGACUUCUUGGUAGCAAAGGUUUCCACAACAGACUGAAUUUUGUAUUCCCGCAACUUUGACGUUCCGCUAAAUCGAGUGUCGCCGUUUUUUUAGAUGUAAUUGCAGCGUUUUGAAACGUUUAUAGAAGAUCUAGUGACUGUUUUGAUUCCGUAGCGAAGGAUAAAAGAGCAGCGAGUGAAUCUAAAAAAGACGUACGGAGGGAAGAAUUGUGACGCCGAGUCAUGUUUUGCCUCAUUCCUUCAUCCAUUUUUUUUUUUUUUACAACCUAUAUGCUACCUGUAUUUCUCCUCCUCUAACAUUCCAGAAAAAAAAUGUGUUGAAAUAUAUUUCAUGCUUUUUGUGCAUUGUUGUCGAGUCGUUAAAAAAAUAUUAUAAGCUUGUUAUCUUGAUGUGAAACAUCACAUCAGGGCUACUGUUGAAUGUUCACCCUCGCUUGAUCUCGUCGUUCAGAUUCAUUUCUGUCCAUUAAAUGAAUGUAAUUAAUUUUUUUCCGUCAUCCCAUCGUGCCACCCAACUUCUGCACAUCAACUCAGGUUCUAUGUUGGGUCAAACUGGUUGAUAAGAUUGGGGGGCAUCGUUAUCAAUCUGACGCAGCAGAAUACGGGAUGAGUGUGUCCAUUCUGUCUGCUUCCCUCUCAUAAGUUGCUGUACUUGUAAUAUAAAAUGGCUGUUGUUUUGUGUGUGUCAGGGGGGUGGGAGGGGGGUCUACUUGUACAGCAAAAAAAAAAAAAAAAAAAGAGGUGACUCGUGACUUUCCUGCUUUGUGAACGACAACCGCACCUUUUGUAUAAGGUUCCUCCACGACCCCCAAAACGUUUUUUUCCUUAAUUGUCCAACGCUGCUGUUGCG